UUUAUUUUAUAAUUUUUAUUUAGUAGUUGUGCAGCAGAAAUGGGUGAUGCAGAAUAUACCUGCCGGACUUGUGGCAAAAGUUUUGAGCAGGAAAACAGCCACGAACUGUUUCAAAUGUUUUCAGCCUCUGAAUACCAGAAUGAAAUAAAAAUGAUUUUAUCAGAAUUCGAGAUAUGGAAUUUAAAUAUAUCAGAAAAUGAUGGUUUACCACAAAAAAUAUGCAUAACAUGUUUCGAUAGUUUUUGUCAAAUACACAACUUUCGUGUUAUGUGUGAAGAGGCACAAACUAACUUCAGCGAACUAUGCACUGGCUUGGAUAUAAUUAUCAAAAUGGAACCAGAAUUAGCUGGUGAUUUUGAUGGUGACUUCCCUGAGGACUUUGAAGGCGAACAAAUAAUAACCAUUCAAGAACAUUAUCAAUUCCCACGCGAUGAACGUGUAAAAGUACCAGCCGAACGUCUUGCCGAAUCAAAAAAGAGAAUAGCAAGUUUACAAACAAAUAAUUCCACCAAAGAAUAUACAGAUUAUAAAAAUGACAAGGACAAAGCGCGACAAGAUGAAAUCGAUGAAAUGAAUGCAGAAGUGCCCGAAUUUAAACCACAUCGAUGUGAAUUUUGCAUGGACAUUGUAAGUUUCGAUGAUCCUGACCUCUUAAAUGACCAUUACAACGUCUUCCACAGUACCGAUUUACCUUAUUUAUGUCCCAAAUGUGAUAAAUGCUUUGAGAGCAAAAUUAAAAGAAAUAUUCACGCCAAAGGACAUUAUCGUAUUCUAGUGGAAUGUGAUAUUUGUGGCAAGAAAGUAAGAGGUGGUAAGCCAAUGAUGGCUCAGCACAAUGAAUUGCAUCACGUUGAAAUCGAUCGUGAAUGUCUGACGUGUGGCAAGAUAUUCCCAAAGGCCAGUUUGAAAACAUUUAACUUUCAUAUGAGUUGGCAUGAUGAUGCCAAGUUGCAUAAGUGCAAAUAUUGCGAAAAGAAAUUCAUUCAAAUAACACAUUUGGUAGUGCAUGAAAAGUCCCAUACUGGAGCUUGUGUCUAUCAGUGUUAUGAGUGUGGAAUUGGUUUUGCAAAUGAUUAUCUGCUUAGCGAGCAUAAUAAGAUUCAUGAGGCCGAUAUUCCAAAUGUUCCAGGCGAAGAAAUGGAAAUUCCUAGCGACGAUCACAAUAAUGAAACUAAUCAAAAAUCAAUUUGCUGUGAACUUUGUAAUAAAUAUUUCCGCUCAAUGAUAAAUUUGCGUUUGCACAAUUACAAAAAACAUGGCGAAGCACCUACAAAGGCAGUCAGAAGCCUAUUAAUACAAAAGCAGAAUCUUGUUGUUGUGAAACCAUUUAAAUGCAGCAAAUGCCCAGAAUCAUUUUUGAUGCACACUCAACUGGUUUUGCAUUUGAAAACACAUGACGAGAAUAGACCUUUCAAAUGUCAAUCGUGCCCGAAGAGUUUUAAGAAAGAUAAAUAUCUCAAGAGUCAUGUAGAUAUGGUGCACUUGAAGAAAAAAGGAUAUGUUUGCUUAUUGUGCGGAUAUGCAUUUGUUAAUAAGCAUAAUCUUGAUGAACACAUGGCUUCAAAACACAGUACCCAAAAAGAUUUUAGAUGUGAAGUUUGUGGUAAAGAGUUUGCUUUUGAGAAGGCACUGAAAAAUCAUAUGCUAAGACAUCAAGAAGUAAAGCCAUUUGCGUGUACGGUAUGCAGCAAGAGUUUUAGAACAGCUUCAGUUCUAAAAGGACAUGUUAAGACACAUGAAAAGAUUGCCAAGAUAUCUGUAGAAAGUGCUCUUAACCAGAAAAAGAGCGAUCAAAAUGGACCUAAUGGAUUAAUGUAACAUAGUAUUUUGAAAUAUUGUAAAGACAAAAAAUAAUAAAUAA